AUGUUACUGGAUUGGGGCGGCAAAAUAGAGCGUUCGGGGUGCCCUGGGAUCUGUGGCCCGCAGGCCGCGACCACAUCAACCCUGUCUUUCUCAAGCUUCCGAAACUCCUUCACCACCAAUGUCAAUUACCUGAAACGAAGUUCAGUGGAGGCGUUGCGCAGAUUCAGCUCGGGGGACCUGCAAUCCGAGUGCGAUGAAGGCGAGGUGGACCCCUACACCGGCCGGCCGGCCACCACCAGCCAGCCGAAACCGCAGACUCAAAGGCCGACCUCCCAGGCCACCGGGGGCAGCAUUGGCAGCGCGUCGGGUCCUCCCCCGGCGCCGUCCGCCACCGCGGCGGCUGCGGCGAACAGUGGAGGGGAUCUCUCGCUCAACCUGCGGGGAGGAUCGCGCGGGACAUCCGCACCUUCCUCCCCGGCCAAGUCCCGCGAGUCUCUUCUCCAGCGAGUACAAUCUCUCACUGGCGCCGCAAGAGAUCAAGGCGCCAAUUUAUUAGGGAGCGUAACGUCUGUGGCGUCUGUCGGCCGCGGGUACAACCGGGACCGAUGCGUGACGCUGCUGGUGGUGGAUGACCAGAACACCGACUGGUCUAAGUACUUCAGGGGUCGCCGUCUACCUGGCGAGUGGGACAUCCGCGUCGAACAAGCUGAAUUUAGGGAAUUGACUGUGACAGCCAAUUCCGACGGAGCCAACGUAUCUAUGGCGGUUUACCGCAGCGGAACCAAAGUAACCAGAUGCUUCAAGCCUGAGUUCGUGCUGGUGAGGCAGAAUGUUCGAGAUGCUGGGGCCGACCACCGAGCCUUGCUCCUCGGUCUCAAGUUCGGCGGCGUACCUUCCAUCAACAGCCUAAACUCAAUCUACCACUUCCAGGACCGUCCCUGGGUAUUCGGUCAUCUCCUGCAGUUACAGCGGCGUCUCGGCAGAGAGAACUUCCCGCUCAUCGAGCAGACCUACUACCACAACCACACCGAUAUGGUCACGGCGCCCAAGUUCCCGGUGGUGAUCAAGAUAGGGCACGCGCACAGCGGCGUCGCCAAAGUGAAAGUGGACACGGUGGCUGACUUCCAGGAUAUCGCCGGAGUGGUGGCCAUGCUCGGCACCUACUGCACCGUGGAGCCCUACAUCGAUGCGAAGUACGACAUCCACAUACAAAAAAUCGGCACUAACUACAAAGCAUUCAUGCGCAAAUCUAUAUCGGGAAAUUGGAAAACCAAUCAGGGAUCAGCGAUGCUCGAAGCUAUCGGCAUGAACGACAGAUAUAAGAUGUGGAUCGACGAGGUGAGCGAGAUAUUCGGCGGUUUGGAAGUGUGCGCUUUGGAGCUGGUGGUAGGAAAAGACGGUCGCGAGCAUAUUAUCGAGCUCAAUGACUCCGCCACCUCCUUCAUGGGCGACUCGCAGGAAGAAGAUCGCCGCCAUCUUGCCGAAUUAGUGCUGCAGCGUAUGCAGGCUGUAUGCCGACCCGGUAUAACGAAGACAACGUCGCGAAGCUCAGUGUCGGGCAGCUCUGCAGCAGGAUCUCCGACAGAAGAGCGGGCUCCACCAGUCGGGGCCCCUGGGCCCCCGAGCGUGCCACCACCAGCGCCCCUAGCGUCUGCCGCCAGCAUUGACCGCCCGUUGCCACCAAUACCCGCGGAACCGUCGCAGCCGCCACCACCGCCUCUCACUCGGCGCGACUCACAGGCGUCCCAAGCUUCGACCGUGUCUUCAGCAUCGGCUGCGCCCAGCACCACCAGCAGCACAGCUCCCACCGCGGCCCCACCGAGCGCGGGCUCCACCCCGGCCCGCGGGGGAUUUGCCCGGCAGGGCUCUCUCAGUGCAGCGCUCACGGAAGACGCUGAAGAUACUAUGAAAAAUCUACGCAAAACAUUCGCUGGAAUAUUUGGGGACAUGUAGGGUGACCAAUCAAAUCGGACAAUAGACGAUGUACUGGAAACAUAAACCAAUGUUUACUGAAUAAAAUCCUGAUCUCUGAAAAUUCCAAUCGAUACAAACAAGUGGUGCAUCCUAAUGAAUUAAAAUUCACUACACGUCUGUUGCCCGCAGCAGUAACGCUAAGGAAUAAUCAUGACAUACGAUCUAUUCAACCGGUCCACAACUAACUAUGGACUUGUAUUCUGAAGGUGUAACCCAAAUUUAAGAAUGUGUUUAUGCCAAUUUUAAUUAUAUUGAAAAUGCCAGUCAACUGCAUCUAUUCGAAAGGCUUUUCUUUCAAAUAGUGCUGAAUUCAUCCUUAUAAGAAACAGAAUAUUAAGCAUAGAUUAAUGUAUGAUAACGAUAGAAUUUUAUAAUAAGUUUAUUAUAAAUAUGAAAAUACGAAUCAACUGAGCUGCAUUGUGAUCGAACCCGUUCGGUAUUCGCGAGGCGCGUUGCCUCGCGUGUUGUAGUGUUUCUCUCUGUCUCCGACUCCCUUCUACACUCGCUGCACCUUCGUACGAGACCAGUACAAUAUCGGCAUUUUAUAAACACUAUUCUCUUUUACUACAUAGUUGUUAUGGAAGACAAAUAAUUCAAAGCAAUAUUAGGAUGGAACGACGACUAAAGACGACUUGUAACGGUUCUUUGGGAAGCUAUCGAUACCAUAAAUCGAAAGAAAGUUUCAAGUAAUUCGAUUGAACGUUUAAAAAAAUACGUAUGUAGUAAAAAUCUGGAAAUUCCGCGUUUUGUAAACGUUGCGAUGGAAAAAAGAGAUUUUAUCCUGUCGUCCUGUGUUAGAUCUAAUUGUUGGCAAUUGGGAUAUGAGCAAUGCUAUUGAAGACAAUAUUGUUAAACGCAAGAAUUGAUCCACAUUUUAUAUAUUAUAUUAUACCUUAUUACUAGUUGUAUUUCAUAGUCUUAAGAAUAUAUUGUUAUACCUAUGUACGUCUUCGUAUGUGUGAAUCACGCUUCGUUUAUCACGUAGCUAUCUCGAAUCAAUAUUGUUUAUGCUACUUCUUCAUGAAUUAUUGUAUUUAGCAUGUGGUGUGGAGACUUGUAUCCAUUAUGACUACAUAAUUGUUAUGUAACUAUCAUGGUUUUGUGGGACGACGAUGAUGGUGUCAACGAAGUGUGAUGAUUCGUCAUAUCAGAGUGACUCGGUGUGCAUCUCGGCUUGUGCAUUGUGCUAUCAUAACUAUUCAAAGUUUAAAACUUUAAACUAUUAUAAAGUAAUGUUAUACUAUUCUUUAGCUAAUGCGAAUCAAGUAGACAAUUUCAAUGUGUAGUUAAUAUUUCAUUUACUUAAUCACACUUUCGUAGAACAUUCAUGAAUUAUAUAUUAGUAAGUUUUAAGCGUUUUUAUAUAACAAACAGAUAAUAUUAUAACCAAGCCCACUUGUUAUCGUAGAUUUUACAACGAAAAUAGUUAUAUACGUAUACAAAUGUAAGUUACUCAUUACGUUAAGGCAACGGUCAGGAGCAAGCGUUAAGUUUGAGCAAAACAAUAGGUACCUGCGUUUAGUUCGUUGAGAUUAUUAAUUGAUAACUUUUUUAUAUGGAACUGUCCUUCGUUGUUGGCGCCCUGGUACUGUCGUACUACAGUACUCAGGUUACCUUUAGGUAAAUAUACUAUAAUUUACUCUAGGUAUGCACCGGUAGUUAGAUUUUGACACGAAUCCUUAGUAUCGAUAGCCACGAUGUAGGUACGUGUAACUAAUUACGUGUCUAUAAUGCGCAAUUAUGUAAUUAUUACGAUUAUUUCGUACGUAUGAAUUAAAUUAUAAAUUCAAUUAUAUUUAGUGAAUGUUAUGAAUUUUCUUUUAGUACCUAAUAGUUUAUUUGUAGGAAUAAUUUGUUUAAUUUUUAUAUUGGUUAAAGACUUCGACGUUUGUUAACUGUUAAGAGUAUAAUAUAACACUCAAAUUAAUAUAAAUGCUGUUGUUGUUGUUGCUAACAAGUUAUACAUUAUGUACUCAAUAUGGAAGUGGAGGAUAAUCGUUAAAGUAGUCACAUUGCGGGAGCAUUCGACCUGUGUCACGGCACGGGAUACCUAAAUAACGAUUUAUCGUGAUUUAUCUUCUAGAUAACGGGCAUGGCAUGUCACAGUAAAAGUGGAUGAACUAUCUACUUAAUUUUAGUACAACCAAAGGGUACGAAGUGCAGUACCAUUUUUAAGACCCUUACAACAACUUAAUGUUAGGAAAUUUCUAUGAAAAUUUGCAAUAAAUUGAUGUUAAUUAAGUGACAUCCAUGCCCUAGUUCGGAUGGAAUAUGUUAAUGGAAUUUGAAUGCAUGUUAAUCUAUAUAAUAUGAAUAAUAAUAAAUACCUCUUUUGGUAAGUCAAUACCGA